UGUGCAGCGAUCGGCGGUGCGCUGUGUCCCUCGGACACAGCGGAUCACCGAUCACGGAUAGAGCCAAAGAUGUCUGCUCAGUCAUGUGAUCAGCUGUGUCCAAUCACAGCUGAUCACAUGGGACAUGUACACUGAUCAUCAGAGCACCGAUGAUCAGUGUGCCCUGAUGAUCAGUGUAGCCCCAGAAGUGCCACUUGUCAGUGUCCAUCAGUGCCUUGUGUCAGUGCUCAUCAGUGCCUCUUGCCAGUGCCCAUCAGUGCCACAUCAAUGCCACAUAUCAGUGCCUACCAGUGCACAUCAAUGGCACAUAUCAGUGCCCAUCUGAGCUGCCUUUCAGUGUGACCCAUCAGUGCCAGUCAGUGCCAAUUAAUGCCAAUCAGUGCCACCUAUAAUUGCUGCCAAUCAGUGCCACCUAUCAUUGCCAGUCAGUGCCACCUAUCAGUGCUGCCUAUCAGUG